AUGGGUUCCAUUAUGCUCGCAGAACAACAAACCCCCAAGCACGUUUUCCCGGCCGAGGCAAACACUCUCGAAUACGCACAAUCCCUUGAUGCCACAGACCAUCUCCGCUCCUUUCGAGAGAAGUUCAUUAUCCCCUCCAAAUCCAACAUCAAGACGAGAACACUCGUCAAGCCAGAAUCCAAAGAUCCUUCCAUCUACUUUUGCGGAAAUUCUCUCGGGCUCCAGCCUAAGGCUACAAGAGAGUAUCUCAGCGCAUAUCUCGAUACUUGGGCCACGAUCGGUGUCCACGGCCACUUCGUGCCGCUCGAGGGCUCGCCUAUGAUCCAGUGGCAACUGCUCGCCGAAGAUGUAUCUCGCCAGUUCGCUCCCAUCGUUGGAGCAUCUCCUUUCGAGACUGGUAUCAUGGCCAGUCUGACCAUAAACUUGCAUUUGCUGAUGGCAAGCUUCUAUCUCCCUACCGCUGGAAAGAGCAAGAUCAUUCUGGACUGGAAAGCAUUCCCCAGUGACCACUUCGCGAUUGAGAGUCAGAUCCUGCAGCACGGCUUUGAUCCUAAGGAGAACAUGAUUAUGAUUGGGCCUGAGGAUGGAACGUUUGAGGUUACGACUGGGAGCAUUCUGAAGAUCAUUGAUGAGCACGCAGAGAGUACUGCUCUGCUCCUCCUUCCUGGAAUCCAGUACUACACAGGACAGUUCUUCGAUAUCAAGACUAUCACUGCGUAUGCGCAAGCCAAGGGCUUGAUCGUAGGUUGGGAUCUCGCUCACGCCGUCGGAAACGUACCGUUGCAACUCCACGACUGGAAUGUGGAUUUUGCUGUUUGGUGCACGUACAAGUAUCUGAACUCUGGACCCGGGGGCGUCGGUGGUUUCUAUGUUCAUGAGAGACACGGGAAGGUCGAUUACUCUGAUGGGCAAGAGAAGAGACCGACGUACAGACACAGAUUAGCAGGAUGGUACGGUGGUGACCAGGUGGGACGGAUGAACAUGAAGAAUGAAUUCCGUCCUAGCCCCGGUGCCUCCGGCUACCAAGUCUCCACUUCCUCCACCGUAGAACUCGCCUCCCUCUCCGGUUCCCUAUCCGUCUUCGCACAAACCUCCAUGUCCGAUAUCCGCAAGAAGUCCGUCAUGAUCACCGGCUACCUCGAGCACCUUCUCCACGCUAGCCCACACUACGAGCGAAACUUCACCAUCAUUACUCCCUCGAAUCCUGAAUGGCGUGGUACCCAGUUGAGUGUCAUGUUCCAUGCGGGCAAGCUAGACACUGUCAGCGCCAUGUUGGACGAAGCAGGAAUCGUGGCCGACAAGAGGAAACCGGACGUCAUGCGCGUGGCGCCGGUACCGCUGUACAACACUUACGCCGAGGUAUUCGAGUUUGUGAAGAUACUGAAUGAGGCACUUGAUAAGUUUAACUAG